AUGCGUUGUGCGCUUGCCUGGCUCAUCCCAUCUCCCUCCCUUCGUCGCGCACCGCCGAGGGCCCUUCUGAUGGUGGCUUGGGGCGUCUGUGCUGCGAGUCUUUUUGGGGCUGGAGGGCCGAGCUGUGUGGGACUCUCCCUCGGGAUGCUGGACGGCUCGCGAGCAUCUCGGACGAGCGCCUCUUCGACAUCUUCCCUCGCAGCCGCGAUCAAGAAGUGUGGGAGCAGAAAGCAGUGGAGCACAGCGCUGGAGUUGUACCGCGACGCAUGUCAUCGGCGCCUGCCAGGCAGCUCCGACCUGUACACCUCCACGGCCAGCGCGUGCGGAAGAGGCACGCAGUGGCAGCGGGCCCUGUCGCUGCUCCGCGAGGCGUGGGGGGCCAGUCUCGAGCCAGACGUUGUCUAG